UGCGAUGGAUUUCAAGGAAUGUCCGAGCACCACAAACUCUCGCUGAUAGUCCAUCGCGUCUAGCGCUGCUCCUGGCGUUUCUUCCACAUCUAGAAAGGGCUUUGGUUUGACUCUUCAUCCUCCUCAUUGAUUUUAAACUCUAACUGUUAAUGAAUAGUAUUUCAACGUGAAAUAAGCGAAAAACACACGGAUAUCUUCAGCAAAUUCUACAUUCGUCUGUGUAGCUACUGAACGCAACUAUGUCCCGGAGGAAAGUGAGGGGACUCACCAAAACCGGGCGACAGGUGAGCGAGGACCCGGACCUCGACAAUUUACUAUCAAACCUGUCGCCUGAAGAAAUGGAGGAGCUGCAGAAAGAGGUUUCCGUUGUUCCCGACCCAGACCCGAGUGAAAUAAUCAUUGUGGACCAAACGGAUUUAAAACCAAACGCGCCAGUUAAAAAGGAAACACAACAGAGCAGUCAGACCGAUGACUUCAGAUCCCGCUUUCAGAGAAACCUGUCAACUGAGGGAGAGCCGAAGAAGGAGAGCCGGAAGCAAGAGUAUCUGCGUAAGAUGGGCCUGAGCCAAGAGAAGAAUACCUCUGUGUCUGACGGCAAAGAUGAAGGACUUCAGACCUCUACAUCUUCCUUCUCUAAACAUGAUGGUAGAAUGGAGGACAAGGCCCGCAGAGUCACAGAGGGCACCAAAGAUGACAAAUUUGGCCCAACUGCCCAUUCCAGGAAGGAUGAAGAAAGUGAGAAGAAAGUAGAAGUGAAGGAACAAAAUGAUGGGAGUAAAUUCAAAGAUAGAAGAGAGAUGAGAGAAAGCAGUAGCAGUAAAACCAAGGAAUUAAUAUCCAAGCUUCAGGAGAAGAAGGAGGAUAGUAAGGAGAAAAACAGAAAGGAAGACAGUCGGAAAAGGGAAUCUGGGGAAAGCAAAGCAAAGGAGAUGAUUUCUAGGAUUAAGGAGAAAGAGGAGAAGGAAAGGGAGAGAAAGGAAGAGAUUAGGAAGAGAGAGGAAAACAAAACUAAAGGCUAUACGUCCAGGUUAGAGGAAAAGCAAAAUCAGGUUCUGGAAGACAAAACGAAAGAAGAGAAGAAGGACACAGAAGAAAACCAAACAAGAAGGUUAAGCGAAAAAGUGAAAGACGGCCCCUUGUUGGAAGUAAAGGGACCUCCCGAAAAUAAAGAGAAAGAACCUGCAAAAGCUAAUGAAAAUAUGAGGAAGCCGCAAGAAUGUAAUGCAAAACCGAGCGAUGAGAGAACAGGGGAUGUUCAGAAGCAAAAUCAAAUUGAAAAUGAAGUUCAUGAACCGAUUAAGGAAGAGAAAAUUGGAAACUGUGUCUCAGACACUAUUUCAAAAAGUAAGACAAAAGAGGAGGAAGAGGAGGACGAGUCGGCUAGCAUGUUUGAUGAAGAUUUAGAGAAAGUUCGUCGCAACGAUCCAAGCAUGACUGAUCUCAACGUGAACAAUUCUGAGGUCAUCAAAACCAAAACGCUUAUUCAGUUUGCAGAGGCCUUGAAAAACAACACACACAUCAAAGUGUUUUCUUUGGCUAACUGCCGAGCAGAUGACCACGUGGCUUAUGCGAUUGCCGAGACCUUGCGCAAUAACAAAAGCAUCACUAGCGUCAAUUUGGACUCCAAUCUUCUUACUAGCAAAGGUGUUAUGGCCUUGAUCCGUGCCCUCCAACACAACUCCACACUCACUGAGCUACGCUUCCACAACCAGCGGCACAUCGUCGGAGGAAAGUCCGAGAUGGAAAUGACCAAAAUCUUGAAAGAAAACACGACUCUUCUGAAACUGGGCUACCACUUUGAGUUAGCUGGUCCUCGCAUGACUAUGACCAAUAUUCUUAGUCGCAAUAUGGACCGCCAGAGGCAAAAGCGGCUGCAGGAACAGAAGCAAGCUCAAGCCCAAGGCAGUGGAGACAAGAAGGACUCAUUAGAAGUUCCAAAACCAGGCUUUGGUAAAAGCUCCCCGAAAGCUUCGCCCAGGCCAUCUCCUAUACCUUCUCCCAUACCGUCACCCGCCCCGUCGCCCAAGUUGACUCAUAAGAAAAGGGUCAGUGGGCUCGGUGGUGGACCACCUCCGCCGCCACCACCGCCUGGAGGACCACCACCGCCUCCACCUCCAAUGUUAGACGGAGACUUCCUGAAGAACUCCCUGACGCCCGUGUCACAAAGGAAGCUAGACGAUAGGAGUGGAGGAAGAGGAGGAGCUCAAAACUCAAGGGACCAACUUCUGGCUUCAAUUAGAGGCAGCAAUAUCAAACAGCUCAAAAAGGUUGCAGUACCAAAGCUCUUGCAAUAAGCCGACAUGCAAAGAGAUAAUUAUGGGUAAAGAAAAAAGACAGGAAUGAAAGGACAGACAUCUCACAGACCUUGAGAAGAUCAUUACUCAGAAUCUUCCAUACAGAGUCUUACUGCUGCCCUAUAGUAUGGAAGACAUGCAAGGACUCGUAUACAAUUGAAUGCACAGCUUCUACCCAGGAGUCUUUGUACAAAAUACACUGGACGAUAGAAAGAAAUGGAAGCGUGGUGCAGUCAUGGGUGCUCAGAGGCUUCAGUGGCCUAUGGAACUGCAGAGUUGAUGCCUUGCUUGUCAUUUGCACUAAAAGAAUCAUUUCAUAUAAUAUAUUUACUAGUGUGUGUGUUAUAAUCUCGGUCUGCGUUCCCCUGUCUCGGUCUUGUGUUUAAGGACACAGUGAGCAUCGAUGCUCCCUAGUUUUUGCAGUGCAUUGUGGGAUUUUUCAGGGAGUGAAAACUCCCUGAUCAAGUGCCCUCACUACUGAACUAGGGAGCUGAUUGAGACGCACCCAGGAACUGCACACAGGAAGAGGGCACAGAGAAUACACUUUCAAAACAAGAGUCCUUAAACACAAGACCAAGACAGGGAAACACAGACUGAGAUCAUAACAGUGUGUUUGGUACAGUAUGUGUGGAUGUUGAAAAGAUGUUUGUUUCUGCAAUAGAAUUGGAUCUUCUUACAGCUGACUGAAUUUAACUAUGUAAGAAAAAUCUUUUUUUCUUUGUUUGGGAAUCUCUAUAAUAAAAGCUCUUGCUGAUCAGGGAAUAAAGGUGGGAUUCUAAUCAAAUAUUACAAAUAACAGAAUACUACAGAUUUUUUUAAUACCUUAUGUUUUGAAUGAUUGAGUGUUAAAGUAAACAGGAUUAUAGCAUUCAAGAAAAAGCGAUGGAUAAUCAGAUCUAUGUGAAUAUGACUGCUUAAACAUACAAUAUUUAUUUGAUCUGAGUUCUCCUUUAAAAUUUUAUGUUAUCCAUUGAGUAUAUAAAUGUUAAUCGCUGUUAAGUGUAAUUUUGUUUUUACCAUCCGUUUGUAAUUUAUCCAAAAACAUUAAAAAUGUAGCAAGUUUUUACUUUGGGAAUGGAAGCAAUCUCUGCACAAAAAAAAUGUUAAUGUACCUAACGCUUUGAAGACAAUAUAUUUUCAUGCUUGCAUGAUCUCGGUCUCUUCAAGAGUGAAAAGCUAUAGCAGAAUGUUAUGCUUAAUGAAAUAUCAAACAUGAAUUCACAAUCUUGUUUCAGGUUUCAGCUGGGAAAUCAAGCUGAGUAAUUCAAUGUGUGCUAUUUAGAAAAGAUCGUUUUGGAUGAAUAUGCCAGAUAAAGAUAUGGUUCAACAAACACA